AUGGCCGCAGACAUCGAAAAACCACCACCACAGCACAACCCAACGACCACUACCACCAACAACGCCACGACACCACCUCCAUCACCACCACUUUCCCUCGCCGCCGCCGACCAUGCCCCACCACCAUCACCACCGCCUCCACCCGACGGCGGCCUCCGCGCCUGGACCCAAGUCCUAGCCGGCCACCUCUGCGUCUUCAACACCUUCGGCCAAAUCAACUCCUUCGGCAUCUUCCAAGCCUACUACACUUCCCACCUCCCUCUCCCACCCAGCACCAUCUCCUGGAUCGGCACCCUCCAAAUCCUCCUCAUCUACGGGCUGGCCACCUUCUCCGGCCGCGCCCUCGACGCCGGCUUCCUGCGCCCCACCCUCGCCCUCGGCACCGCGCUGCAGCUGCUCGGCAUCUUUGCCACCAGCGGCGCGAGCACGUAUUGGCAGUUGCUGCUCGCGCAGGGCGUGUGUCAGGGGUUGGGGAUGGGGCUGGUGUUUUGUCCGGCUGUGGCUAAUGCGGCGACGUUUUUUGAGCGGAGGAGGGUCGUCGCGGUGUCGUGCGUCGCGUGCGGCGGGGCGACGGGGGGUAUGGUCUUUCCGGCUAUUGCGCAGACGUUGCUUGGGAGGGUGGGGUUCGCGUGGACGGUGAGGGUGAUGGGGUUUGUGGUGGCGGGGAAUGGGGCGGUGGUGUUGGCGUUGGCGAGGGCGAGGGGGGAUGGGGAGGAGGAUGGGGAGGGAGAGGGGAAGGAGAGGGGGAAGAAGAAGAAGGAGAGGGCGCCGUUGAUCGAGUGGGCGGCGUUCAGGGAGACGCCGUACUCGCUGUAUUGCGUGAGCAUGUUCUUCGCGUUCUGGGGCAUCUGGAUCGCGUACUACUACGUCCGCGCCUACGCCCGCGACAUCCUGCACCUCUCCGACCGCUCCUCCAACCUCAUCCUCCUCAUCAACGGCGUCGGCGUCCCCGGCCGCCUCGUCCCCGCCCUGCUCGCCGACCGCUUCUUCGGCCCCGUCAACGUCUUCAUCCCCAUCAUCCUGCUCGCCGGCAUCACCCUCUUCUGCUGGCACGCCGUCGCCUCCUCCGCGGAGAUGACCGCCUUCGUCGUCUUCUACGGCUUCUUCGGCGCCGGCACGCAGAGCUUGCUGCAGGCCGCGCUGGCGAGCCUGAACACGGACGUCAAGAAGGCGGGCGUGCGGAUUGGGAUGGGGUUCAGUGUUGUGGGGUUGGCGUCGUUGACCGGGAGCCCGAUUGGCGGCGCGCUGAUCGAGAGGAGGGGGGGCGAUUAUUUGUAUGCGCAGAUGUUUGCGGGGGCGACGAUGGUGUUGGGGGGGUUGAUUCUUGUGGCGGCGAGGGUGGCGAAGACGGGGUUUGUGCUGAGGGCGAGGAUGUGA